AGUUGCAUACUUUUAAGACCCCCUCCCCCAUUUUUUUAAUAAUUGACACCCUGAACCUCUAAUAAUUCGCGGUUUUAUCAACAUUUAUGACUCUUGUUUGUAAAUAAAGGAAUGAUUCAUUGCCGCAUUUAUUGCGCAUUACGAGAAGUCAUGACGCCUCUGUCGAGAGCAGCUUUUAAACUGAUGAGAAUUAGCCUUCUGUCGGCGUAUGUGUCACAUGAAUACUGAUACACUGCGCUGCACAUGAAGCAUAUAGAAAACACGCACACAGUCAUCACACAACCUAUGUCGGAUUGUCAGACAGGUGGAAAUAUUGGGCUCUAAGCCUGUUGUAGGCAGUUCCCAUCAUUUCCUUAUUUAUGGCUUAAUUCCUUUGGAACCGGUGGAUCCAGUUGAGUAUUCGCCCUAGCCUGCCAGCGAUUGACCCAGGUGUUUAACAGGCACAAGUUUCACUUCACUAUGUCAAAGCAGUUUCAGAUCAGAGGAAGAAAUCUAAUAGUUGUGGGGAAAGCGCUUAGACGCGUGUGAAAUGGAAAAGCUGACGGGCUUAUUCGGCGCAAAGGAAGUCACCAAAGCAUACAAACCCAAGCUUGCUUCCUAACUUUUUUCUUCUUUUUUUUUUCGUUUUGGUGCAAGAUCGUCCCCUGUUUGUGACCAAUAUGAACUCCAGUUGAACAUGACAGUCAUCAGAGGACUUCAUCAUCACAGAGACUGAAAAGCCUCUGUCAUUGGAAAUAAUCGAUUGUUUUUACGCAAGGAUUUCUUUGGACACUUAUUUGCGUUUUCACAGGGGGGAGACCAAACAAAAAGUUCUGCCCCCUGAAUAUGGAUAUGGAGGCGUCGAAUGACUAUAUUGCAAGUAACGGCGACUGCUCUCCCAGGAAGGAGAACUCGAAAAUGCUGGUGGACCUGUCGACCAGCACACCCAAUGGCCAACGUUCCCAAAGUCCUGAUUCCCCUGCUGCACGCACAAUCAAACAAGAGGAAGGUACUGAGGAGGAGACGGAGAGAAGGCCGGAUGAGGCAGGACACAGCGGUGAAGAAGGCUCUGGAUUGGAGGAGCCCAUGAUUGACAGCCCAAAUAACUUACAAGAUGCUGGGCCAGGAGCAGAAUUGCAGAGUGAGACAGGGAUAAGACUGCCAAAUGGUAAAUAUAAUGGUGACCGGCCGUUCCAGUGUAACCAGUGUGGGGUUUCAUUCACUCAAAAGGGCAACCUACUGAGGCACGUCAAACUCCACACGGGAGAGAAGCCCUUCAAAUGCCCGUUCUGCAGCUAUGCUUGCCGCCGCCGCGACGCCCUGACCGGACAUUUGCGCACACACUCAGUGGGCAAACCACACAAGUGUAACUACUGUGGGCGGAGCUACAAGCAGCGCACGUCAUUGGAGGAGCACAAAGAACGGUGUCAUAAUUACUUGCAGAGCGUCGGCAUGGACUCUGCCUCCAAUCCUGGCCCGUAUCCAGGGGAAGUACCAAAGGAGCAGAGGCAGCUGGAGGCCGCUGGGAUGGUGGCUUUCGACCGGCCUCCUGUAAUUGAAAGACUGCAGGGGAAUGUGGGUAAACGGAAGAGCACCACGCCACAGAAGUUUGUGGGUGAGAAAAUGGUUCGCUAUUCAUACCCCGAGCUGAGCUAUGAGAUGGGCCCUAAGUAUGAGAAGGAAGCUGAGGUAAUGCAUGCCCAAUUGAUGGACCACUCCAUUACCAAUGCCAUCAACUACUUGGGCGCCGACUCCUUGAGGUCUGUGGUCCAUCACCCAUCCCUUUCCAUGGCCGAAGUGCUUCCUAUGGUGAACCCGCUUUUCCAUCCGAUGUACCCUCUUGGGCCCCGCAUGGACCGUCCCAGCAGUCGUGAGCCUCCGUCUCUGCCCCACCAGAACCCAGAGUUCCCGCACCCAACCAAUGGCGCAAUCUCCUUGGUCAGGCCCAAGAAUCCUCAAUCGGCCCGAGAUGGGUCCCCGUGCAACAGCGGACAGGAUUCGGCCGAUUCGGCACGAAGCAGCCCCCGGGACAAGCUUGUCGGGGCCGGGCCCAGGACGAGAUCCAGCCCGGGGUUUGCCCGGGCAGAGGAAGGCAGGGUGAUUGAUGCCGCCCGAAUCGCCGCCAGGGACGCCGUCCGCGUCUUCGGUCGCGAGGGCCACGAGCUGAGGGUGUUCCAGUGUGAACACUGCCGCAUCCUGUUCCUGGACCACGUCAUGUACACCAUCCACAUGGGCUGCCAUGGUUACAGAGACCCGCUCGAGUGCAACAUCUGCGGCCACUGCAGCAAAGAUCGCUACGAGUUCUCCUCGCACAUCGUCCGUGGAGAACACACCUUUCGUUAACAAUCCAACGUACUCUUGCAGUCAGUUUACUGCCGAAGCAUUACGUGAGCACCAAUCGGCAGAUAUAUGAAGGUUUGGGUCCAAUAGAAAGUUUUCAUGUUGGAGCUGUUUGAAGAUUUUUGUUCUGGGUGAGGGGAUGAGUGUGUUUAUGUUGUGAACGUUUUUCGUUUUAAAGUUCUUUUUCAUUUUUUUCACCCACACACAGUUUAUUGUUGCAUAUGUACUGAACCUUCCAACAGAGCAGCUAUGUGUGAUUUAAAGUUGUGAAGUUCUUUCUCUUUUUUUGUAAUCUGUAUUACCUCGAUGCAUGCCGUCAUUCUGUUUAUGGACCUUGAUCAAUAUCACAGGUAAACCGAGCAACCAGAGGACCACUGCAGAACUAAACUGCUUAAUUUUGCAUACGAAAAAAAGACUUUAAUUCAGAGCUUCUUGCUGCUGUGGCUUCUCAGUGCCUUGCUAAUGUUUCGAACAGCACGAUUUUGCCUCUUAUGGAGUGUUUUGUAACUUUUUAGCGUCAAUUUUCAUUACUUGCUCCCUUUCGAUGAAGUUCCGGGGCGUAUGAGCUGAAGCUUCGGUACUCGUGCUAAUGUCCUCAUGUCGGUGCUAUUCUAGUUUCACAAAAGCAGUCCUGCAGGGUGGCACAAAUCUUUCAGACACAUUUUAAUGAAGUGAUGAUGACAAUCCCCAUCGUGUCUUGUAGAUUUUAA